AAUUAAUGCAAAGAAGACACAAGAUCAUGAUUCAUGGCAAAGGAUCCUGCUUUCUUCCACAUCACCAUCCACAACACCUGUCUCCCUACCCCAUCCCUUCCUCCCUCCGCCCCCAUCAUCCUCCAGCCCCCUCCCGUCCUCUGCGCGCGGGGCGGAGCGGCUAAAAAAAAAAUACCCCCUCGUUAUUAUCUUGAGCAUAUAUUUCCUUUAAGAAGAUGGCGGCGAGUCAGGGAGGAGCGGCAGCUGCGGCUGUCCUGCAGGGCCAUCACUAUCCAGCCGGACCGCACUGGAGCUCGAACGGCGCGCCGCCUCCACCCCAACCACCGCACACCGCGCGCAGCCUGGACCGCGCGCUCGAUGACGCCGCUUGCUCCGGAGUCCUGAACAUCAGCGGGAGGAAACUGCGCGACUACCCGGGGCUCAGCUACGAUCUUACGGACACCACGCAUGCAGAUUUAUCCAAGAACCGUUUUGGAGAGAUUCCUCCUGAAGUGUGUAUGUUCGCUCCAUUGGAAUCUCUCAAUCUCUACCACAACUGCAUAAAGAUGAUUCCAGAAGCCAUUGUUAACUUACAGAUGCUUACAUACCUCAAUAUCAGUCGGAAUCAACUGUCUGUGCUGCCCAAGUUUCUGUUCAGUCUGCCACUCCGAGUCCUGGUGGUCAGCAACAACAAACUGCUGUCCAUUCCGGACGAUAUUGGCAAAGCCAAAGACCUCAUGGAACUGGACAUUAGCUGUAAUGAAAUUCAGGUGCUUCCUACUCAGAUGGGGAAACUCCAUGCCUUACAAGAACUGAACAUCAGAAGAAACUGCAUACAAGUCCUUCCUGAUGAGCUGUCUGAUCUGCCAUUGAUCAGGUUGGAUUUCUCCUGUAAUAAGAUCACAGAAAUCCCUCCAUCUUACCGUAAACUGUGUCAGAUCCAGCAUAUCAUCCUGGAUAACAACCCCAUGCAAUCCCCUCCUGCACAGAUCUGUUUAAAGGGAAAGAUUCAUAUCUUUAAGUAUUUAAACAUGCAAGCGUGUCGUCUGGAGAAGAAACCCGACUCACUGGAUCUGCCCUUGCCUGGCAAACGGUGUUUAGCACAGCAGUUAACAGACAGCAUAGAGGAUUUUUACCCUAGUAAGAACCACGGGCCUGAUUCAGGUAUUGGCAGUGACAAUGGUGAUAAGAGAUUAUCUACUACAGAGCCCUCGGAUGACGACACGAUCAGUCUACACUCUCAGGUGUCAGAGACCGCGCGGGCUGAAGCCCACUCUUUGCUCUGCAAACUGGACUCAAAUCGAGAUCAGGACCUGUAUGACUUUGACCCGAACCCAGAUGACGAUAUUGCUCUCUGUGAGGCCGACAUGCAGCAGAACACACCCUACAUCACCUGUAUAAAGGAGCUGGAGAGGGUUCUUAAAACACACCAAAGCAAAGACAAGGAGAACUGGAAGGAAGAGUCUGGUUCAGAGAAAGAGCAGCUCGCUGAGGAAGAAGAAGAUGAUGAGCUGAAGGAAGUUUUGGAUCUCAGAAAAAUUGCCGUGCAAUUGCUGCAACAAGAGCAACAGAACAGGAGGCGCUCCUUAAUUUGUAGAGCAGAAAGCCUGAUCCACCGAAGGAGGGCUGCAGGGAGAACACACAGAUUUCUCAGUCAUUCCGGAGGAAGCAGCAAACAGAGAUCUCCAUCGCAAACUGUUAGGAGUGCAUCGCUGGAUGAGGGAAGCAGUACAUCCUCAGCCAUGUGUGGACAGGACGGCGACCUCACAGAUGAAGAUGCGACUUUCUCUGAGCCAUCUUUAUCCUGCUCAUUCGAUGGGAGUUUGAAGUCUGAGAACGGCGACAGCGAACCCAAAUGGCCGGAGCUUCCUCCGAUUUUAAACCAGAACGAAGAACGGAGACGAAACAAAUACCUGAGGAAGGACUACCUCAAGUACAAGUGCCAAAGUGCGCGAAGAAACUCCGCCGAGAAUGACUGUGAGGAGGGAAUGCAUUCUGCAGACUUCAGCACAACCUUGACUGUUUUUGGCUUGAAGCCAAGAUCAGCGUUUUCCCGCAAUAGCCGUCAGGAGUUUGCCUCGACAGACCCCAGUUUCACAAUGAGGAGAAAAAUGGAGCAUCUCAGAGAGGAAAUGGAGCAGAUAAGGCUCUUGCGACAGAACCUGGAGUCGAGAUUGAAGGUUUUGCUGCCUGAUGAUGUGGGUGCUGCUUUAAUGGACGGUGUCGUGUUGUGCCAUCUGGCCAAUCACAUUCGACCUCGGUCUGUGGCCAGCAUUCACGUUCCCUCACCAGCAGUACCAAAGUUGAGCAUGGCAAAAUGUCGGCGGAAUGUCGAGAAUUUUCUGGACGCUUGCAAGAAGCUUGGAGUGCCACAGGACAAGUUAUGUUUGCCUCAUCACAUUCUGGAGGAAAGAGGUUUGGUGAAAGUCGGUGUUACUGUUCAAGCCUUGCUGGAUUUGUCAUCAUCCAAACCGACUCAGACAUCCACCAUGUAGCACUGAAACUGGGAAAAAGCUCAGGCAAAACUAGCAUUUUCCAUCCUGCCUUAUGUUCGCCUGAGCACUCUGCUAUAUGCACUACUUUAGCCUCUGAACUUUAACCACAGGAAAGCUUUCUCUGAGCAAACUUAACAACCCUUGCUAGAAGCCACAAAAAGAAAGUUCUGGAACCUUCUAACCUUAGUUUAUUGACCCGCGAGCUACUAAGAGACAGGUAACAUGAUAAGAGGGAGGGAUGGAGAAGAAAUGGAAGUAGACAGAUGAUAUUAUCUAAUUAGGUUGAGCACUGCCUCGGGUAGGAUAGCGCAUUUUGUCCUGACUGUCUCUGGUUCCAUAAAAGGUUUCACAAAAUGUUACAUAAAUCAGCAUGUGUUCGUGGCUGCUAAAUGCUUAUCUGCCAAUACCACUUGCCAAAAUGCUGUGUUCCACAGGCAGCAUACUAUUUUAACAGUAGACUGGUAGUGAAUUUUAGAUUGACUUAAGGGAGAAGUGGCUGUACCUUUAUUUAUUAGUAAAAUGUUAUCAUUACUUUCUCAUGCUUCCUCUAUCCGUGGAGCGACGAUGCUACCCCAACAAAUGACAAACUUUUUUUAUUAUUAUUUAUUUAGCCACUCUCAUAAAGGUGAAUGGAAGCUUUACUUCUCCCUCCUACCUCUUACUAUGUGUAUUCCUCUAUUUCAUAAUUGUUUAUCCAGAAAGAAUUUUUGAUCGGCUGAUACGGAGCAAUGGGCAGACUAUUUCACACAGAACAGAAUGUCCUCCUCCUGCAUGAAGCCACUAAUUUGGAGAAAUACUAUCUGCGUGUGUUUUUAGGAAUUCCUUGAACACAUUUAAGAACACGGAUUUUAAGCUGUGGACGAUUCAACGAUUAGUUUAUUUCACUGAAUGCACACUUUAACUGAAGAGAAAGUGUGAAAUGUAUCUGUUGAUGGAGUGACAUAUAUAAACCGGAUCUAUAUAUUUUUGUUUUGUUUUAAAUGGAAAAAUGAUAUGAACUGCUUAGAAGGACCCAGGGGACUAUUAUGAUGUCACUGACUGUUAGGUUAAAUACAUCCAUGCCCUGCAUCCUAGUUUUUAUUUUAUUCCAUUUUUUUUUUGAUGAUUUGUAGGUUUUAAGCAUAAUACAUGCUCACACAACAUCGGAACGAACCAUCAAUAUUACAAUUCUUAGAGUAAGUAAAUCAAACAGCCCAAUUUAUUGCAUCUUGCCUGCUUGUGAGCUAUGCUAGUUUAAGGAAAAACAUUUGACUCCAGUCAUGAUUAGGUCUAACCUUUCUAGGCAAUUCCUAUUUCUCAUAACUUUAUCACUUUAAAUUCACCAUCUUUAUGAACACUGUUUUCUUUUGGAUCUUCAAGCUUCUGCCCUGUACUGUACACAUAAAGUAGUUUUAGUCCAGUGAUGUGACUAACAUCAAACCCUGACUACUAACUGUAAAAGAGUCCAAAUAAUUUAUGUAUUUAUUGUAUAUUUAUUCAUGUUUUUUUUCUACAAGUCUUUUUUUUUAUUCUGUUUUUUUAUUUCAUUGUAAUACUCAGGUGGGAUGUGAGGUGGGAUUAAUCUUAAUUACAUACAGUACUUGCAUACUCACAUGUCACGAUUCCAGUCAACUGAUCAUGAAAUAAUUUUACUCCGUUUGCCCCUAAAUCGCCCCCCAGAAAAAGAAUGUGCUAACAUGGCUUGUUGUAAUGACGUAUAAGUCUUUGUGGCCUUUAUGAAAUCAGCAGAUUUUUCCACAUGCAAAAUACAUGUAAAUGUGUCAUUACUGAUCUGUUCAUAAUUUUAUGACAGAAAAAUCCCAGUUUGUUUUAUUAAUAGGAACAGAACAAGUCACCUUACAAAUAUUACGGGAGACCCUUUGGUUUGGUGCGGAGUUUCUAUCUGCCGGUUCUUUAUAUGGAGUUUACUACCUUCGUGCUUAUGGUGUUACCCAUGUUCAAUUGCUUAUAUAUUUAAUAGUAAGGUCUCUACACUGGUUCUAUGCAUUUUUUACUUUCUGUGUCCAAGCCAUAACACACACACACCUUAUCGGCCCAUGCUCAUGUCAUGUCAUAACACAUAAAUGUAUAUAUUGUUUCCUUACUAUUAUUAUUGUUACUAUAUUGUUUACUUCCUUUGUGUAAACUAUAGUAUGCAAAACAUACAACUUCUUGACCAAUGUCCAGUCAACAUAAACAUACAACAGGAGUUAAGGCUUAUCGCUCAUACAGAUUUUAAAACCACUUCUAUACAUUCAGUACUUCAUACAAGCCAUGGCAUGCAUACCAUUUUACAGGAAUUUUUUAAUUAACGGGUCUGUAAAAGUUAUAUUUGUCUCUUGAGCUACUGUAGUUACAGGACUGACUCAUAAAAUCCUAAACCUUUAUAACAGACCCUGUUCAAAUAACUUUUACUGGCUUUUAGCCAAAAUACAUUCAUGCUGAUUGAAACAUCUUUAAGUCUCAUCUGUUUUUCAUCCUUGUGCCCUUGUUUUCCACUUACAAAAACAACAUUUAAGAUAGAAGGGCCGAUAUUUGUUAAGGAGUACCAGUUGAUUGAUGUUCCAAAACGGCUGAUGAUUCCAUAAUGCUCUCAGAAAUGCAUAUUGUGGGAUCGUUUUAUUAUGACUAGCGAGUGUUUUUCCAGUAACAACUUGUUUCAAAUCAUUCUGGGUGGACAUAAAAAGUCUUGUUUUUCUCUCUUCGAUCUUUAUAACAGCAUUGCUUUGUUAAACUGUAAAGAGCAAUUUAAUUUGUACAUAACAUGUGUAAUGCAAAACUGAAUUGUUAUUAUGAUCUUGGUUCAUUAUGCAAUUGCAAUAAUGCAGUUUUGUGUCAGUAAGGAUAUAUUUGCCCCAAGCUAUAGACUGCCAUUUUUUCUUCUUCACCUCACUAACAUUCCCUAUACAAUGCCAUUAUUGCUUAAAGCAUCAUUUGUCUUUUUUAACCUUAUUCAAGUGCUGUUCUGUUAACUUCUUUUCAUAGAAAAGGGUGAACUGAACAGUAGCUCACCCUCUGUUAUAGCAUGUGAGUCAUAACUCGCAUCACAUUAAGAUAAUAGAGAUAUGGUUUGGAGGUGAAGCAUGUGCAGUGUGUACCGGCUUUUUAAUGUCCUUGCAACUCUGUAAUAUUCUGUAAAAAGUGGGGGUCAAUGUGCACACAUUUUUGUCAGGACAGUAUGAUUUCUACAAAGAUGUGUGUGUAGAUAGAUGUUUUGUAUGAAACAUGACUUUGUUUGCAUGCCUGGAUCCUCUGUGAUCAACUUUAAAUUCCUGUAUAAACUCUGUAUAAAAGUAUUAGAACAUUUCUUAAGGAAACAAUGAAAUAAAUGAACAGCUUCAAAGGUCACAAGAAGAAAAAAGUUCAAAUAAAAAGACCUUUUCCAAUUA